CAUAAAAGAGAAAUAGGUACCGGGCGGCAUCGCUUAAUGCUGAGGAUAACAACGCUGCCAAGGGUGAUUGAUUAAUGACAGAAAAGCCUUCUAAUUACAACGUGAGACGUUGAGCGUCAAGAAGGGCGUUUGGACACUUCUGUUGCCGUUAAUAUCCUCGGCGAUAAAUCCAAGAACUGCACUUGCCCAGGUGCCCUCCUACAAGGACUUUGCUACUUUAUUCCGGGGUGGCAAGGACACCUAGCUAAUCACAGUAAGAUCAGGCGGAAGAGUGGGGGAUGAGGACGGCUACGGCUAAACACCACUCCUCCCAUGGACGGCAGCUCCUCUUAUUAUAAUUUGCCUGGAGGAUAACGGGACAGCCAGGUGGUGAAACAACUUCUCCGCUGACAACAUACCCUCGCAACACUAGGCCCUUAAACGAUCAUCUCGGAACCGCUGCGAUGGAUCACGACGAGACGGACUCCGAGUCCUCGGAGCCCCCUCUGCAUGGAAUUCAUGGACCAAACCGAAUUCGACCCUCCUCUUAUCGUGCACUCCGAAGUGCGGUCUCCAGUUUGGCCAGAAUUGACGACUUUUUUUGUGAGAAGAUUGGGUCCGGGUUCUUUUCGGAGGUGUUCAAGGUGCAGCACCGGAUCACUGGGCAGGUGAUGGCUCUGAAGAUGAACACACAGGCCAGUAACAAGGCCAACAUGUUGCGGGAGGUGCAGCUCAUGAACCGCCUCUGCCACCCCAACAUCCUCAGGUUUUUAGGUGUCUGUGUUCACGAAGGCCAGCUGCAUGCCUUGACAGAGUACAUCAACGGGGGGAAUCUGGAGCAGCUGCUGGACGGUGACCUGUACCUGUCGUGGGCGGUGAGGAUCGGUCUAUCGCUUGACAUCGCCCGAGGUUUGCAGUACCUCCACAGCAAAGGCAUCUUCCACCGGGACCUCACCUCCAAGAACUGUCUGGUGCGCUGUGAAAACGGGCUCUUCACUGCUGUGGUUGGUGACUUCGGACUGGCAGAGAAAAUCCCUGAUUACAGUGAUGGCGUGGAGAAGCAGCGUCUGGCAGUAGUGGGCUCCCCCUACUGGAUGGCUCCAGAAGUGCUCAGAGGAGAGGUCUACGAUGAGAAGGUGGAUGUGUUUGCAUAUGGCAUCAUCUUAUGUGAGAUCAUAGCCCGGAUCGAAGCAGAUCCAGACAUCCUUCCCAGAACAGAGGACUUUGGGUUGGAUGUGGAGGCCUUCGAGCACAUGGUAGGGGACUGUCCACAGUCCCUCUUCAACCUUGCUGUCCGAUGCUGUAAUAUGUGUGCAGAGAGUCGGCCUUCGUUUUCGGACCUCGUCGUUGAGCUGGAGCGCAUGGAGAGAGAGGAGCAGAGCAACGAUGCACCUGUGGUGCUGGAACCCAUCGACCUUGACAAUAGUCCAUACCGACGGAGGAACUCGCCCUGUUGCCCGGGUGACCAGCGUUUGUCGCGGAGCCAGUCCGACAUGCUGCCUCCGUCGCUGUCGGCGGCCACCACGCCCUCUCACGCGGGCACGCCGGCCCGCAUCAACCCCUUCUCGCUGCGCCAGGACCUGAACGGCGGGCACAUCAAGCUCUACGACACGCCCAGCAAGUCGGUCAUCUCGCUGACCUUCACGCUGCCCCCGCUGGAGCCCUGCGCCUCGCCGAGCCGUCACCAGGGACACCGUCCACUCCGCGGGCCGCCCCGGCGCUGCCAAUCGCUGCCCUGCACGCCGGAGCUCGGACGCCCCAUCGGCCUAUGCCAGCCGCGCGACCUGGGGACCCGACGAAGCGACGACGACCUCCUCACCGGAGAAGACAGCGAGGGGGACAGCUGCCUGGAGAGGGACGCGGAGGACGACGGGGUGACCAAAGAGGGGAAAGGUCCGCCGGAGUCGCCGUCGGCCUCGGUGUACGAGAUGGGGGACUCUGGAGUGGCCCUGGAACUGGAGAUGGUGUCUCUGGAGCGGCUGGAGGAGGAAGAGGAGGAUGAGGAGGGCGGCGAGCUGAAGGAGCUGUGCCUGGCCGAGCCCAUGGACUGCACCAGCUCCCCUGAUACCACCGAGAGCAUGUCGGCAGCAGCCGCGGGGACCGUCAACAUGGCCUCUCCUCCAGGCCCCAGGGCUCUGGUCAAAGCUUCGUCUUCGUCUGCGUCCUCCUCUUCCUCCUCUUCCUCGUCCUUCUCAUCCGCCUCGUCGCUGCAGCCCAACGGGGUGGUGCUGCCCGUCUCCAACGGGCCUCCCUCGCUGCCGCCCCUCCCCCGCCUGGACAACAACAACGUCUCGCUGCCCACUGGACGCCUGCUCGGCUGGGGAGCCACCAACGGCUACCGCACCACCACCACCACCACCACCACCACCUCCACCUCCAUCCUCCCCGAGCCGUGCGGCUUCGGCGGUGAGCCGCAGGACGAGGUCAUUUCCUGUCCCGGCUGCUGUCUGGCGGGACUUCCUUCCUUCCCGUCCGUGUGCCUGCGCGGCGCUGCGCCGACCCGCCAGGUGGGCCGUGGCCGACGGUCCUACCGGAACUUUGCCGGCGGCGAGGUGGGCGUCGCAGCGGCGGCAACCGCCUCCGCUGCUGCCACGGCAACCAAGGGCCUUCUGUGUCGCGGGGCCAAGGGUUUCUCGCCACCCACCCCGCCCUGUGAGCCGGGCCUGCCCCUCCCAGAGGCACAGACAUAAGCUGGGGAUGCAUGCCAAGGGGCGCGGGGGGCAAACGUCCAGCAGCACCCCUCACCUGUGACAUGCCUCUCGGCAUCAGAGGCUGAGGUGGGUUCACGUUGGAAAUAAGGACCCGGCAGCGGUAAAGCGUAACACACGGCUCAGACUGUAAGAAUGUAAAAGAAGUUCUCUCUCAUUCCGAGGUGACCCGAACGACCAACAUUCUUUUGCCUAAACAGACCAUUGGUGAACCUUGCGUUACGCUACGAAAGUUGAGCCAAGUUCAGCAUUCAAAUCGUUUGACACGAGCUUAACGCUGCCGAACCAUAGCGACCAAUAGGAAAUCUGGCCCUCGCCGCUGGCAAGUGUGAUCUCCGCCUGAAGGGGACCACACUCCAGUGCCAGCUGUCUGUUGUGGAUCAACAGCUAAGUGUAGUUCAGAGUGAAUGUGCCCUGGGCUGGACAUCCUGUGGGUCAGGGCCGUGUGUGUACAGUGUGUGUGUGUGUGUGUGUAUGAGGCCGUAUGGGAAGUGCAGGACACUGUGGGCAAAUGGUGGGCCUCAGGGUGAGGCCAAUGGAAGCCAGAAAUCCGGGGGUUGUGUGGGGGAGUUGUACAGUUGGACUCUUAGUAGUCUUUAAAUUGUCUAAAAUUGGUUAAAAAAAAAUCCUUUUCUAUAGAAGAUUUAGAUUCAUAUUGAAUAUGAUCAGGUGCUUGCACUGCUCCUCACACCUCAUGAUCUCUAGUCCAAAACUUACAGCAGUAAGCGUGCGUGCGUGCGUGUGUGUGUGUGUGUGUGUGUGUGUUUGCGAGUGUGUUCGUAUUGUAUAUUAUUUGUUUGUUAUACUGAUGAAACUGUACGAUAGCAUGAAAAGCAAUUUUAGCUUCUCUUCUCCAAUUUACCUAGUGCAAAAAUGAUUUCAACCUCCAAGGUUGUGUGUGUGUGUACGUGUACGUGUGUACACCUUCUUUUUCAAGUGAAUGAGUUUUUGAGCUCUUCUCUGUUGUAUUUAUGUGUAUCUAGGAAAGGAAAAAAAUGUGCAAUAAGUCUAUGUAAAGUGAGUUUGUGCAUAAUAUUUUACAGAGGUGUUCUUUUGUACACUUUGAGAGCUGCUGCACUCUGAAAUAUCAAGGAAAUGCUUAUUUUAUUUAUUGGCCUCCCUCAUGAAGGGAAGACCCUGGACCCUGGCUACUCCUGCCAGAUCAGUUCAGUCAUUCUGUGCUGAAGUGGGAAAACCAAGCCUCUUGGUUCUGUUCAAUAGAUUUGCUAAUCACAUUGAUAAGUUAUACAGUAUAAAUAUAUAUACUAAGUGAUGCUGGCCUUUGAAUCUGUGACCUCAGUCUAGUUUGUAAUAAUAACUAAUAAUUUGUCUUGCUUAGAGAACCAGAGGAAGUGUACAUGGUUUACCCACUCGGUAAUGGUAAUGGCAACAGCUACAGCAUGCUUUUUCUACAAAAGUAUGUAACUCCGUCCAAAGAAUCUCCAUGUGGUCUGUGAGUCUGUGUGCAUCUGCUUUUAGACAUGUCUCGGCACAAGCUGGAGAGAGCCAGACGGUGCAUGCUUGGGUCUUUACCCAAAGAUGACUAUGAAAUACCAUCACAAUGGUUUAAACAGUGCCAGUGCGUGACACCAGCCCCUUGCCUGUUGUAGAUGUUCUCCUUUGAUAGUGCUAGCUCGGCUCUCUGACCUUGGCACGGAGAUCUCUCUUACUCCCUCAAUAAAUUAAAUCAGAACCAGCGACAAUAAACCUCUGAAGCUCGUCUACAAAAAAGGAUCCAAGGCUGCCAUCUUUGCCCAUAUCAAGAGAUCAGGAACUCUUAUGGAACUUAUAUGGACAAAAAUGCCAGCUUUUGGGUCGUGUUUUAGGUGGUCUUCAGAGGUCUGUUAGGCCUAAUGUCCAGCACCUUUACGGGAGGCAACAUUUCUUUGAUUUUUCAAAGAUGUUUAGUCGGUUGCGUCCCUAAAGGUCUGCCUACUGCAGAAGAAUUUCCCUGGAGAAGUAGUGCACUCCAUGGUAUUUAAUCACUACUAAUUGCUAAUUUGACUGUGACCUACCUAUUCAUAUAUUUGAGAUAAUGUACACAUUUCCAAAAGUGAUAUUUUGAUACAUUUUGAUACAUUUGGUUACUUGAAUCAGCUUAGUCUCAUUUGGGAUUACACCAGUGAGGGAAUUUGAAAAAAUUGUCAGCUCUAAGAUGAGGAGGUGCCACACAGACAGAUCACAUUGGUGCUGAUGCUGAAAAAUUGGUCCAAGUGUUUUUGGAAUGUAAAUAAUGGAAAGAAAAACAAACGUAGGCUGAUGGGAUGUGAAGGCCCAGAUUGGACAUUUCUGUGCAAGUUUAUAUGUGACAUGUUAUCAGGCUUUUUUUUUUAUAUACAAAGACCUCUCUCUGUCAUUCUGAUAAAAGGCACUUAUUGUAACUGAUUUGUUAUCAUUAUUGGGGAAUACCAGCUUUAAUUGUGGUUGAUUAUUCAUGUUAUUUAAGACAUUUUUUGAAUGACUAAAUUAAAUGAAACCUUUCUGAA